AUGCUUCUCUCUCGCUCACAUUUAAAUCGUGUGCCCCUUGUUGCACGGCUCAACAUCCUCUCACAAACAAGGGCUGUCAGUGAUAAGACCUCCACUCGAAAACCGCGUUUGAAGAAGACUACAUUAUUAGACUUCGCUCAGCCGAAGCAAAAGAGAGUUGGAAGUCGAUUCGAAACUCACCCAGAUUCCCCUGAAGACAAGACAAAUCUUCCACCCAGAGAUAAAUGGCGACAAAUUUUUGCCUGGGUUCCUGUUAAUGACCGCGUCUCAUUGUCAAAUUCUGACACCGCAGACACAGUGGCUGAGUGUUUUGUUCCUGAAGGCAGCACGAAUAAAGUUAUAAUUGAAGCAUUCCCUGGACCAGGACAACUGACUCGGUCUCUCUUGGCUCUACCGGAAAACCGUAUAAAGAGAUUGAUUGUUUUGGAGCAGGAACCCAAGUAUCUAGAUUACCUCAGGCCGCUCGCUGCGCUUGAUCCUAGAUUGACCAUUAUUCCUUAUACUGCUCUCGAGUGGGAUACUUUUGACCGAAUCGAAGAACAAGGUUUAUUGGAAGAUAUAGAAACUCUUGAAUGGGAUCAAGGAGUACAUCCAAAACUCCAAUUUAUAUCUCAUCUUCCCAUCACCGUCUACGGCGAACAGCUCAUUGCUCAAAUUCUCCGACUGAUUCCAAAUAGGAAUUGGCUAUUCAGGUUCGGACGCGUGAAGAUGAACCUACUUUUGAGUGAAUACGUUUGGCAGAGACUGACAGCUCCUCCCGAAAAUGCUCUCAUGCGCUGUAAGCUUAGCGUCAUGGCCACUGCUACGGCCGACUUCCAAACAAAACUGUAUGAUGAAUUACAGCCCUACGCUCAACACUUUCACCCUACACUUCUGAAAAAGGCUAGCGACACGAUCAAAAUUUCUAAUCGACGAAUUGGUGUCCCCUUCCAAGCUGUGGAAAUAACGCCGCUGGUAAAGCAAGUGAUAAACCCGGAGAAAUUGGACACUUGGGAUUAUUGCAUACGGCGACUAUAUGUGCGGAAAGCGACGCCGCUGAACCAAUGUAUAGAGGAUUUGGGACCUGGUGCCCAGUCGCUUAUACCCAAACUAAGUGCGACGAUUGAUCCAAAGACCAAAAUCAGGGAAAUAACAGUAUCACAAUGGGCUUCUAUUGUUAAAGAAUUCGACGAAUGGCCGUUUGCACCUACGGUACGUACUGCUCCUGUACAUGAGUUGUAUUGA